AUGCAAAGAAGAACAAAUACCAAUAAAAUCCCAGAUAAUAAAGUACCUGGUGCAAGGUCGAAAAGCCAUGCCCCUGAAAUAAAACCAAAGCCUAGAGUUCUUAAGGUAGGAGAUGAAAUCUGCACAAAAUAAUUGAGAAUUUAAGCAUUAGGAGAUAUUAGGUCAUGUCAAGAUAAAUGUCUCAAGUCUAUCCUAUAGAACGCUGAGAAGCAGCAAAUGCCGAAGAAAUUAAUUUCGAAAGGAGAUUGGCUUUGCAGUCAUAAGGAAAAAGAUUAGACUUUUGAUAUCUAUCAGAAGCCAGGAGUAAAAAAUCUUGUAACUCCUGCAAGAAAUAAGAUUUAUAUCUUUGUCAUAGAUAAAUCAAUAUUAGAUGAGUUUGCAGCUAAGCUUCAAAGGUAUUGCGAAGCUUUUUACACUGAUAUGAAGAUCUAAAUUAAAAAGCCUGAAUCUAGUACAUUUCUUUAAGAUAAGGAAGUACCAAGUAGAGAGGGGCAAGUGGGACAGAAUUAAUAUAAUGCAAAUGUCAUUUUAAAAAAAACUUUACCACUUGUUCCCAAAGAUGCCUAUUGCAUGCUGACAGUUACUAUGGAGGAUUUGUACCCCUUUGAUUCUUGGAAUUAUGUCUUUGGAUGGGCUAACUAUGUCUCAAGGACUGGGGUUUUCUCAUUUGGUAGAUAUCAUCCUAAUUUUGACAGAGAUUAUUAUGGGGAGGAGGAAGAUGAAGAAGAAGAAGAAGAAUCACCAGAGGAAAAGAAGAAAGCAGAAAAUGAAUUGCUGGAAAAUGCUUGCUAUGUCAUGGUUCAUGAAAUAGGGCAUAUGUUUGGGAUGACUCACUGCACUUUCUACGAAUAUUUAUGCCCAGUUUGCUUGAGAAAACUAUAGUCAAAUAUGCAGUUUGAUGUGAAAAGAAGAUUCAAAGAAAUGCAUAAAAUUUGCCAAGAAUUUUAAUUCACUGAAAUGGCAGAAUACUAUGAAAAGUAGUCAUAAAUUUGA